AUGCCACGCUGUGAGCUACAACGCGCCUACAAAACAGAUCGACUGUGGUUUCCCUUCAAUGUGGCUCGUUUUCGAUGGGUUGGUCCCUCGGAUGUGCCCAUAGACCCGUUGAUUGAAAGAAAUUUGCAACCGGAUGUGUUCUAUUCCCCAAACAAACAAAGGCGAUGGGAGCUGAUGGACGAGUUGAACGAGUUCAUGAAUUGUCGCCAGGCAGAUGCGACACACCUGUUUAUCGUGGACUAUGUGGAUCAGUUCAACUAUUACAAAUCCCUGAGAGGUGCGAUCACUGAAACUCGACCGGAUGGCUGCAAAAACAAGACGAACCGGCUUCGUUGUGGAGCAAACACCGUUUCCAUUGUAAAUGAACGACUUCAACAGCAUUGCCGAUCCACCGGAAACCAACAGCCCGGUACAGUGCCAGACCGAGAUCCGGACCGAGCAACCAGGAUGGUGUUUCGAAGACGAAAUCAUCAUCACCGUCCGCAUCCACGUCGGGGACGACGAGGUGUAGAAAUCGCCAGCGAGUCCCAUAACCUUGUGGAAAACUCGAUUCCGAGAAUAAGUGAGGUUGUCUUCUAUCAACCGGAUGUGUCAGAGAGAAGAAAGCUUCAUGCUGAGAAAUAUUUUUACGAAAUACGUCCCCGUGCAAAAGAAAAUAAACAUCUACUCAAAGAAUACGUGCGAGAGGUGAAUAAAGCCGACCCGAAAGACUUAUUGAAUCAGGUCUAUGCGUCCACUAACAGCGACCCGGACUGGUCAACCGGUAGUGAAUGUGAGCAGAAUGAGGUGGAUGCACUGGAAUCGAAGUCAGCAGACCUGGUGGACAGUGAGGAGGAAGCAUGGUCUGUAUUGGAAGUGGAAACACCGCAUCACCUAAGCAACAUAAAUCCGUUUUUGGACAAGAGUAAACGUGUGCUUACCUAUCCUUUCCCGGUUCGCAUUGAUCAUUUCUCUUGGGAACAAGAUCCGAUCUCCGGUGACCGAAUAGUCCGAGUCCAGAUCGGGACCUGCUUUUACGGUUUGUCAAUCUUGUGUAGCAAUAGUUCACCGGUUGCUUGUGCAAUUGAAUUAACUGCACUGCUCAAAACAACUCCGAGACGUGCGCGACAUGUUGCUUAUUUGGUGAUUGAGGAACCAGAGCUGCAACAAGCAGCCGCUUCGAGUGAUCCAUCCGUAGAAUGCCUCUGUUCUGUCCGAUUACAAAUCGCCCUGUCACGUGAUUCGAGGUUCAUCGUGAAAACCGCGGACAAUGUGAAGUCCCAUCCCCCUACUGUUUCGCUGAAUACGCUAAUUCAUCAUGCAGUCGAAGCGGUUAAUCAACUUCCACAAUCAGUUAUCCAAUGGUCCACCUGUCAACCGUAUCAAAAUUACACAUUGGACGAGGGAACUGAUUCAAGUCUUGAUGCAUUCCGGACAGGGCGAGUACAGUCUAUCCCCCACCCGUCUCUGAACACGGCGGACGAUGAAGCGGACUCGUCGUUCAUAAUAGUUUCUCCUGAACAUUUACGUAGUGAUAAAACUGCGCAACGAUGUUGCAUUGGCUUUCAUCAUUGUGGUGUCGGGGACUCGGUCGAAUUAUGUGUGCACCAACAUCAAGCAUGUAAACGGUGUCUACGGGGCGAAUUGACCAGACACAUGGAUACGGUUUGUUGUGGGAUCACACAGAGCGAAGUGUGCUGGUCUUGUCCUCAUCCGCAAUGCAACGCCUCUCUGAAUCGUCUGGCGCAACUUCAGGUAUUUGAUCUGGCCAGACUUGUACCCGUGUGGAAAUGCGCCGAUUUCCUCUACCUAAUACAAUCCGAUCUGGUUAAGCAUGCACCGACUCGACCAAUGUUCUACGCGAAUCCAGAUGAUCCCGGUGGAUGUGUCGCGACCGUGUGGUCCGGUUUGUUGCGUGCAACUCCAAGCCGGUCGACUAAAAUCCUUUUUCAACCCCGCACAACCCCGAACCUGGUUUGGCCAAAAUUAUAUUUCACACCGAACCGGAAACCGGACGGACAUUGGCCGGCGUCGUGUGCAGCCGUGCGCAAGUACUAUGAAACCCGAGAGAUAUUGGGUGACGUGGCCCACAUCUCCGCGCACAUGCCACCCGAUUCCGAUGGGAUGCAGCCGAUACACCUGCCAAAACCAAAGGAACGUGAUCGUGGAUCGGCCUAUUGUAAUGCCCUGCGAGUCGCAUGGCGUCGAAAUGUGCUUGUGAAAAGAUAUCGCGAAAACAAACAAGCUUGGACGGACUUCAAGUACAUGUAUGGCGUAAGUUAA